AUGGAUAUGGAUGUUGGACCGAAAUCUGAGUUUGAAAAGUUCUCCCACGGUACAAAGGCUCUUAUGGAUGCUGUCGUGAAGGCUACUGGAGCUCGUUACUGUACAAUUUUCGGGGGCGGAGGUACUGCGACUUGCUACAAAAAGUCCAAGGCUGAGGACAAGGUGACCCAUGUUUCAACCGGAGGUGGCGCCAGUCUUGAGCUUCUUGAAGGAAAGGUUCUUCCUGGAGUCGAAACACUCUCUCCACCACCUCAAAUGCUAGAUACCUAG